AUGAAGGAGCUGCUCUUGAUGAGUACACUCUGCUCAACCGUUACAUCCAUCGCCCAGGCCAAGCGCCGUGGAUUGACUUCUUCUGCUGGUGCUCUGGGCGCCAAGGCAGCGGACAAGAAGCCCCGGUACGCUUUCGGGAAGAAGAGUGGUGAUGGCGUCGAGGCCGUUUUUGUCUGCCCUAAAGAGCGGUUCGAGACCAACAUACCCUCUGGUCAGCGGGCUUCCGACAUCGAGCCUCGUCGCAAGCGGACCGGUUUCAACAAAUUGACCGCCGAGAAGACCAACAUCUUUGUCCAGUCAAUCGGUUACUUCCGGGCCCUAUCCUCUAUGGUGAGUUCAUUGCCUACGCCAGGAUGA